UUCGCGUGUUUGACGGCCGUCCGCGACGUUUGAAAGAUUUUCAGUGCUGGCGAAAAAGUGAAUUGGAAGUGAUUUUUCUCGCAGACGAGAAAAUCCUUGAAGAAAACAAAACAUUAUUUUUGGACUAGAUUCCCGGAAGUAUCAAUCAGUGUUCGUGACUUCAAACAAUCAAAUCGGUAGAAAGCAUAAUGCUUCUGGGCCUAAUGCUAGAUUUUAGUCUGAGUCUGAGAAAAAUGGAAGCUGUUAAGUAGAACAAAAAAAAGUGCGUGGAAAAUUUGGUUCUACUUGUGCGGUGCGCUUUCAGGGAAGUGUUCUCAAACGCACGUCCGCAAAUAUAGAACCGGCCGAGGGGCGGCGGACUGCGAAGGUGGCUUGACUGCACGCCACUGUGGAUGUUCGCGUUACAGAAUAAACAGAGCAAACAAGCCGGGAAAACUGCAAAGCUGGUCAAAACAGGGCUCCAAAAAGCUGAAACUGGCAGCCCACUGUUUAGCGACACAGCAUCGUCUUGAAAUUGCUCGUUGUUUUGUUUUCUGCGCUGCACACAUCUGAAGACCUGCAUCAUACGUGAAAGCAGGACAGGAACGCGUGUGAUUUGCCCGGAUAUAAAUAGUUCGUGGAAGCCAACCGGAUAUUCCCACGAGUCAUCCGGUUCAAAGCGGACUAGGCCACGGUGACGAAAACAGCGCCAGACUAAGGCGCCAUCGGUCUCCAGGGGGAAUCGUAGGCUUCAGAGAUCAUCACAGAAUGUCCGGAACGACGGGAAAACGUAAGGAAAUCUAUAAAUAUCUGGCCCCAUGGCCACUGUACUCGAUGAAUUGGUCUGUUCGACCGGAUAAACGGUUCCGACUCGCCCUCGGUAGUUUUGUUGAGGAGUAUAACAACAAAGUGCAGAUCAUCAGUCUCGAUGAGGAUACGAGCGAGUUCAGCGCAAAAAGCACAUUCGAUCAUCCCUACCCGACAACGAAGAUUAUGUGGAUUCCUGAUUCGAAAGGAGUGUUUCCUGAUCUGUUGGCCACCAGCGGAGACUAUCUGCGAGUUUGGCGUGCCGGAGAACCGGACACUCGACUGGAGUGUGUUUUGAACAAUAACAAGAAUAGCGACUUCUGCGCUCCGUUAACUUCGUUCGACUGGAAUGAGGUCGAUCCCAAUCUGGUGGGAACGUCUUCAAUCGAUACUACAUGCACCAUUUGGGGCCUAGAAACAGGUCAACCAUUGGGUCGAAUAAAUCUGGUGUCAGGCCAUGUCAAAACUCAGCUGAUUGCCCACGAUAAAGAGGUUUACGACAUUGCAUUUUCGCGAGCAGGUGGUGGCCGAGAUAUGUUCGCGUCCGUGGGAGCUGAUGGUAGCGUGCGAAUGUUCGAUUUGCGCCACCUGGAACACUCCACGAUCAUUUAUGAGGAUCCAGCCCACACGCCGCUGCUGCGGUUGGCUUGGAACAAACAAGAUCCCAACUACUUGGCCACGGUGGCAAUGGAUUCGUGCGAAGUAAUCAUCCUGGACGUACGGGUCCCUUGCACCCCGGUGGCCAGGUUAAGCAAUCACAGGGCCUGUGUGAAUGGCAUCGCCUGGGCACCGCACAGUUCGUGUCACAUUUGUACGGCAGGCGAUGACCACCAGGCACUGAUAUGGGACAUCCAGCAGAUGCCGCGACCAAUCGAGGAUCCGAUCCUUGCGUACACGGCGGCGGAGGGCGAGGUCAAUCAGAUACAAUGGGGAGCAACGCAACCGGACUGGAUUGCCAUCUGCUACAAGACGGCUUGCGAGAUUCUAAGGGUCUAAAAUGUUGGGGAAUUUCUACUGCUUUGUACUUUUUUUAGUUUAUUUUGUUUUUUUUUUGCAGAAAGUUUAAUUGAUGGUUUUCAAUAGCUGUUUCAAAUAUAUUGUUUUUCGGGUAUUGGUUGAACAUAAUAUGCAAUAUAAAAAAAUUAGUUCAAACUCAAAACAGCCCACGAAGCUAAUUAAUUUUAAAUAUACCAUUGGAUUCCAUCAAUUAUGCAUUUCUGCAAAUAAUGUAUAUAAGACUGAUUUGAUUUCUUUUCAAUUAAUUAUCCUCGUACUUUUUUCAAUUUCCAUUGACAUCCACUUAUAGGUUGCAGCUAACUAUGGCAAGACUGGAGAUAUGCACAGAGUCAUGCUCAGAUUCAUAUCAAGAGAUAUGUUCUGAAAUAGUUUCCAUUCAAUUCCACUACUUGAUUUGUGUCUUGAAUCUGGAUAGAUAUGGGUAUUUCCAAUUCUGUAAUGUUUCGUUAUUGAAUUCGUAUUGGUUCUGAAAUCGAGCAUUUACAUCCUAUACAGCAACAAUUCGUUAACUGUUUCCGUCAGUAACAAAAAUAAAGAAUUGGCUGCGAAGUUUAAAAUUGUAUAUUAUUCUCGUUAAAUUUAAAGCACCUAUUCUAACAUUGCAUCGCAGAUAAUUUGAUAAGCCCAGUUCAAAAGCGGCAAUCGUUAACUGCAAUGAUGUUCUAGCCCAGUUAGCGAAUGGUUGCUGUACUUAUCUCCAAUCUUCUUUGCGUAUUACAAGAUAAAUGUUUUCAUUUGUACAUAUAUCUCUAUCCAAACAUUCUCCCUAACACACUUGUAUCGUCCCAAACGCGAGAAAUUGCAAGCAAACAACCGCCAAUCGGCGCGAUAACAGAUGUGAGCGAAACGUAACCGCAGCCACCGCACCGUCCGGUUGGAUUUGGAUACGUAUAUUACAUGUAACAACACACAUAAUUUUUGUUCGAUUCUUCCGAAACCGCAAUCAGCGGCAACACCAAGGGCAAGAGUGGUCGAAGCAUUUCAACAAGCGGCCUAGCCUCCUAACACCCUACCGAUAAUCACAAACAUAGUUCAACACAUCUCGAAAAGAUUUGCUUUCUAUCGUGUCCAACGAGAAACGGUCUAAGGAUGGGAAAAAUGACGAAAGAGUGUUCCAAGAGAUAAGGUGGCUGCCUGUUCCAUUCAUUGCUUCUAAUUGUAGCAUUACAAUAGGCACAAACCAUUACAUAUGCUAUUAGUUUGAUUGAGUGAAUAUUCAAUAGUUUAGUGAUUAAGAAUUAUACAAGCUUAGCUCUUAAUACAAGCUCUUAAUAUAAUGUAUCUGAGCAGUAUGUAGAUGUGGUAACAACACGUGAAAGCUAGUAAAACAAUUUGAAGCAUAGUUCAAAACAUGAGAAAUUCUAACUUAUCGGUGAAUAUUACUAAAAUAUGAUUAACAUUUCUAAUAAUUUAGUGUACGAAGGUAACAUUCUCUAGAAUAACAUUUAUAUGAAUAAUGCGGAACAAAAUAAAUUGCGGUAUAACCGAG